AUGUGCACCAGCGGCAGGCGGCGCCGAGAGAGUCGCAGUGCUGCGCCUGUCCGACGGAACACUAAUCCCACCCCCAGCGCGGGCUUGGAAGCAGAGAAGCAAGAAACACAGACACUUAUUGUCUCCAAGAAACAAUGUAUUAACAAGACUGCUGAAUCUGAAUUCAGCAAAGUUCCCAAUUUCAAUUUUAGUUCAAAUGUUCCAGAAGAUGGUGUCUUCAAAGCUUCAAAUCCAAGGUCUACUAAGAAAAAGGAGCCUCUUUCUAGGAAGACGGCAACAAAUGUGAGAGCACCUCUGAGCCGAUACAAAGUGGAAGCAGAACUGAAGACAAAGAACCAAGUGUUGGAAACUGCCAAACAGAAGCUACAUUUACAACUAGCAGGAGCCCAGGAUACUAUAAAGGAUCUGAAGGAAAAAAAUGAGGUCCUGGAAGAGGAAAUUGAGAAGCUGAAGGAAUUUAAAGAGAACUGCAUGUUGAUUUUAGAAAGCAGAAACAUUGAUCCAGUUACAGGUAACAAAAUAUUGGAAGAGGAAGAAAACAUGAAGGAGUGUCAGACGCAGACAAUGUUGUUGACAGAGAACCUUAAGGAAAAAUUGCAACAAUUCAGUCAAAUGGCUGCAAAGCAGAUGGAAGAACUUCAGAUGGCAAAAGAGAAGUGGAAACUGGCUGGCGAGGAGAGGGACCCGUUCCUGGAGAAGCAGCUCCCCUUUCAAACGGAAAUGGAAGAGUUUGCAACUGUCCUUAGUCAGGUGGAAAACCUCAUGAAUAUGUAAGAAGGAAAGAGUCGCUUCUGUCCCGGCUUCUAGGCGCAGGGACUUGGAGCUGGCCUCUCCGGGGCCGCAGGACGCGGAAAUUCCCCCUUGUCCGCCGGACUGGUGUGUGUGUUGUUGCUUCCCCUACUUGUCCAGCCCAAUAAACGGGCGGGCCGGGCCGGGCUCGUGCCCGCCGCCACACCCUCCGGC